AUGUCGACUGACAAGAUUACGUUCCUCACCAACUGGCACGCUACGCCUUACCAUGCGCCGUUGUAUCUCGCUCAGGCAAAGGGCUUCUUCAAGGAAGAGGGCAUCAAGGUUGCCCUGCUUGAGCCCAACGACCCAAGCGACGUCACCGAGAUCAUCGGAUCCGGCAAAGUAGACCUUGGUUACAAGGCUAUGAUUCACACGCUUGCUGCCAAAGCCCGUGGCUUCCCCGUCACGUCCAUUGGCAGUCUUCUCGACGAGCCUUUCACGGGUGUCGUCUACCUCAAGUCGUCCGGCAUCACCACCGACUUCCAGACUCUCAAGGGCAAGCGCAUCGGUUAUGUCGGCGAGUUCGGCAAGAUCCAGGUCGACGAGCUGACCUCCCACUACGGGAUGACCCCCUCGGACUACACCGCGGUGCGCUGCGGCAUGAACGUGUCCAAGGCCAUCAUCAAGGGCGAGAUCGACGCCGGCAUCGGCCUGGAGAACGUGCAGAUGGUCGAGCUGGAGGAGUGGCUCGCCUCCCAGGGCCGCCCCAAGGGCGACGUGCAGAUGCUGCGCAUCGACCAGCUCGCCGAGCUGGGCUGCUGCUGCUUCUGCUCCAUCCUGUACAUCGGCAACGACAGGUUCGUCGCCGAGAACCCGGCCAAGGUCCGCGCGUUCCUGCGCGCCGUCAAGCGCGCCACCGACUUCGUCCUCGAGCAGCCCGAGAAGGCCUGGCUCGAGUACGUCGACUUCAAGCCCGUCAUGGGCACGGAGCUCAACCGCAAGAUCUUCGAGCGGAGCUUCGCGUACUUCUCCAAGGACCUCAAGAAUGUCCAGCGCGACUGGCAGAAGGUCACCAACUACGGGAAGCGCCUCGGCGUCCUGAGCGCCGACUUUGAGCCCAACUACACCAACGAGUACCUUGAGUGGACUCUGGCUGGGGAGUCGCAGGAUCCUACGGGUGACCAGAAGCGCAUGGCGGAGCUGCAGAGCAACGUUGCGGACAAGGGCGGCUUCCGCCGCCUGCAGGUUGAGGAAAUCCAGGUCUGA